AUGCAACAACAACAACAACAACAACUACAACAAAAGAACAAACUCUGUAUUACGUCGCUGCAGUUUAGAUUGUACUUCCCCGAUUGGAUAACUGUGGGUAUUCUACGCACAAUACAUAAUCAAUUUGGUAAACAAUGGAUCCCUUUCCAUCGACUAUUCCACGUUAAUGAUCUUAGCAUCUCCCAUCCGUAUUCAUCAACACAACGAGUCGGCCGUUUCCAGUUAUACUUGUACUCAACAUACAUUCCUUGCGUUGUCAUUGUUAUCUUGGCCUUUUGUAAGAGAAGCUCAUUACAGUCUAGAUCCCACUUAGCUCAAGUAUCACUACUCGGGUUGUUAUUCAGUGUGUCGUCAGUAUCGGUGCUUACUGAUAUACUCAAAUGUUGGAUAGGCAACCCUCGGCCCGAUUUUCUUGCCCGUUGUGGUCCAGCUUUGAAAACGCCUUUAAAUACAUUAGUUGGGUUGGAUGUAUGUACUUCUCCAUUGGGCAUUAAGCAUUUAUACGAUGGAUUAAGAUCAACACCACUGGGCCACUCAUCAAUGGCAUUUGCCGGUUUACUAUUCUUGUCAUUAUGGAUAUUUAAACAAUAUAAGAUACUAUCUAGAGUCGAGUAUCGUGCUGGGUUGGUUAUCGUUGGUUGUUUGCCAGUUCUACUAGCUACGUACAUCGCCCUUAGCAGAACACAAGAUUAUCGCCAUCAUUUCUUUGAUGUAAUCUUUGGAAGUUUAUUGGGAAUUGUGUUUGCAUGGUUUACUCAUUGGAAAUAUUUUGGAUGCAGCCAAAACAGAGGGUGGUGA